AUGCACACAAAACUUACGAGAUUCUUCGAAGUAUGUAGAAAUAAUCCAGAAGCUGCAGAACUCCUAUAUUCAAAAUUCCCAAAAUUCUUCUAUUGGAAAAAAGAGGCCUGGCACCAAGAUUUCGUAUAUGCCGCACAACAGCUUGGCCAAAACGCCACAUCAGAGGAUCCUUUAAUAAUAAACUGUGCUUUACUUGAAAUUGAAGAUCACAUUAAACAAUAUGGAAAGAGCCUUGAAGACUUUCCUGAAUUACCUGCCAUAUAUUAUGAUUUAUUGGAUUGUAAUAGACAAACACAGCUUUUUAUAGAAGAGACAACUUUUCCACAGAACAAAUUGCAGCAGAUUCUUGAAGAUGUUUCUCUACUAAAUGAUGAACAAU